AUGAGCACUAAAAACGGAGAAAAGAUCUAAAUUUAAGAACAUCUAUAAUAGCAAUAAAAAUAGCAACUUAAAGAAGAAAUGAAGGAAAAUCCAAACCCUGAAAUACAAAAAUAAGAAACUAAAUAAAAUUCUUACUUAUAUCAAGCAGCUAGCAUUUUUAAAGCUUAUAAGAAUAUUCGCUAGAUAGUUCGUAGAACAAUUAUUUAAAGAUCCUCUAGAUUAUCAGAUUUAUAUCAAGCAAAUAUCUUCUUUAAAAGAGAAGAUGGAUAAAUCACUAGGACAUAUAAAGUGAGAGGAGCUGUUAAUAAAAUUUUAUCUCUAACACCUGAAGAAAAAUAGAAAGGAGUUUACUGCUGCUCCGCUGGUAACUAAGGUGUUGCAGUAGCUUUCGCUUGUAAUCAUUUGAAAGUAAAAGGCAUUAUUUUCGUACCUUAAACUACACCAAACGAUAAAAUCCAAAGAAUAAAGGAAUUUGGCAAGGAGUUUAUUGAAGUUAAAUUGGCUGGUUUAUCAUUGUAAGAUUGUGAUUAGAUUGCUACGAAAUAUGGAGAAGAUAACAAAUUAAUUUCAGUAAGACUUGAUGAAAAAGAUGUCAUUGAAGGCUGUAGUGGAGUAGGAAUAGAAAUUUUAGAAGAUUUUCCUUUAAAGGGAAAAAUAGAUUAUGUAAUAUUUCCUAUUUCAUCAGGUACUUUAGGAGCUGGUAUUUCAAGUUAUUUCCAUUAGCUUUCUCCCGAAACAAAUAUUAUUGGUAUCAAACCUAUAUUUUCUGAAAAUGAAAUGGUUUAUGAAGAUAUGUAAAAGACAAUGUAACUUGAUGCCAAAAAUACAUUUAAAGUUAUGGAUGAUUUGUCAAAUUACCAAGAAUUAGAAAUACCUGAAGGAGAAGCUUACGAUUAAGUUUUACAAUUAUAUAAUAACGAUGGAAUUAUCUUAGAACCUCAUGGUGCUCUUGCUCCUGCAAGCUUGAAGCUUUUAUAGGAAAAGUGUGGGUCACUUAAAGGUAAAAAUAUUGUUUGCAUUUUGACUGGUAAAAAUACAAGUAUAUCUCGUAUGAACGAUAUCAAAAUACUUGCAAAUGUGUACUAGAAAAAAAAUGUAUAUAUGCUUGUAGAUUUUUUCCGUAAGCCAGAUGCUAUCAAGGAGUUCAUGGUUUACUGUCUAUCUCCUGAAGAUGAAAUUCUUUAAAUCGAGUAUACCAAAAAGAAUAAUCGUGAGAAAGGACCAGCGUUAGUGGGAAUCGAGCUAGCAAGUCCUGGAAACUAUGAUAAGUUAUUAGCUAAAAUGCUAGAAAUGAAAAUAUCUCACAAAAUAAUUUAACCCAACGAUGAAAUAUUCUAAUUAAAAGUCUGA